AUGGAGAGAAUUAAUAAGGCAUCUGGAAAAGGUUGUUAUGCCCACUGGUUAACACACUGGUGGCCACGAGAUACCCCACUUAACGAACCUGACGGUAUGUUAUCUAUUGGUGCUUUCUUGUGUUUAUGGCUGUCCAGGGACGUGUUUGAAGACAUCGGAACUUUGUUAAAUCCAUUCGAUCGUAAACCAAAAUUUGUUAUUUGGUUACAGAACUUUGAUCCAUCAAGCAUUGAUGGUCUUCAAUUUUCUGCUGCUGGGCAGACGAUUUCUGACUUAAGUGUUGAAGAAGAGAAUGAUUUGUACCGAAGCAAGCAAAGAGGUUUCUUGGAGUUGGACUUGGUAUUGGGAAAGUGGGUUGAGGAAAAUAUCUUCUCAAUGGAUGAAUGUGGUAUUAAAUCACUUGUUCAUGUUCUUGACAUGGAGAACCCAAGUCCGUGGAAGUGGCUCACUAACCAGGAACAACCACCCGACGCUGUGAAUAACAAUUCAGCAUUCUCUGCUCUUCGUGAGAAGGUCAUGGGAAACCUGGAAAAUCAUGCUUCCCCUGGGACACGAGCAACACCUGGGCAACCAUGGGUAAGAGGAUGGGAUGAUUUGAAAAGAGGGAGAGGCAACCCCAUAUCUGGAAAUCAGUAA